GUCACCUCUUUCCGCGAAUCUGUCGCCCAACCCAUUUCAAAGGAUCGUGGGAAUCGACCAUUCUAUAGUUCCGAGGCAUUUGGAAGGUGUGUACAGGUGCCUUCUUACCAUCUUCUUUCCCCUCAUAUCGAAUGCAUCUCCAAAGCAGCUUCUCAAAUAGCUCUUUCCCUCAUACCUAUCUUCUUGCCCCGCAACUUCAACGUCUGGCGCAUUCCUUCACGAUGUACCUGCCUUAGUCCAAUCUAGCUCGCUCUCAAGCUCGAGCACAGAUGGCUAAUGAAGGCGGAGUCUGCGAUCAACGAUGCUAGUGCUGCUGUAUCUCAAGCGGUUCUCUCGACACCCGCAGAAUACCAACGUCUCUGUCUUAACUACCAUCGCAAAGAUGAACAAGUUCAAGUUUAGCAACUGGCUGGGUACCAGCCCGUCACCCACCGCCGCAGAGGUUGAGCAGAAGAAGCAAAACCGACGAUCAUUCACCCCAUUCAUCACUCGAUCUACCGCCAAACCUAGGGACGAGGUCCCCAAUGGAGCGCCGAUUUCCAAGCCCGCGCCUGUCGCCUCAGAAAAGCCUGCGCAUACGCCGUCGAGGUUAACGGAGCUCGCAAAGAAGAUUGCGUCCGAGACAGAGAAGCUGGAGAGGUACAUGCAAGAAAACAAUCUGCCAAUGCCUACAUUGGACCCCAACGGCCCCAGUGACUUUCCAAGACUUCCCGAGGACAUCCAAAAGAGCCGUAUGGAGAUUAUCUUUGCGACUAGAGAGCUCGAAGCAUUGGCCCACGGCCCGAGAGAGGACGUCCGGUGGAAGACGUGGAGUUUUCAAGACAGUCUGAGUCUCCAGCUUGUCAACCACUUUGGCAUCGCCAAGCUUGUACCCAUCAACGGCACCAUCACACUAGCAGAGCUUCAGACCAAGACUUCACUGGAUCCCGUCAACCUUGCCCGCGUGCUGCGUCACGUCAUGACCAACCGCAUCUUCCGCGAACCGUCCCAUGGAGUAAUUGCGCACACCGCAGCAUCUCGCCUCCUGGCCGAAGACCAAGCCCUUCAAGAUUGGGUGGGCUACAACCUCGAGGACAACUUCCCGGCAUCAGCGCACGUUUUGCAGGCUCUCAAAGCAUACCCAGAAGCCACGUCCCUCACACGGACCGGCUUCAACUUUGCAUUCGACACCGUAGACAAGGAACCAAUGUUUGUCACCUUUGGCAAGGACCCUCCUCGCGCCAAGCGAUUCGGCGGCGCCAUGCUCAGCUUGACGGGCGGAGAGGGUUACGAGGUCAGGCAUCUUGUCGACUCGUACGAUUUCGAAGAGAUUGACGCCAGGGGAGGGACCAUGGUCGACAUUGGCGGCAGCCAUGGGUUCGUGUCGAUUGACCUGGCCAAAAAAUGGAAGAAUAUGAAGUUUGUGGUGCAGGACCUUCCCAAGACCGUGGAUUCGGCGCCCAGCCCGUUGUGCGACGACGCUCAGGUUGCAGAGCGCGUUCAGCUCAUGGCGCACGACUUUUUCAAGGAGCAGACCGUCAAGGAUGCCGAUGUCUACUUCUUCCGCUGGAUCAUGCACAACUACUCGACGCCCUACGCAAUCUCCAUUCUCAAGAACCUCGUUCCCGCACUGAAACCCGGCGCCAGGGUAGUCAUCAAGGACCACUGCCUGCGCGAGGCCGGACAAGAGACGCCAUGGGACGAGCGCAUCAUCCGCAGCAUGGACAUGGUGAUGCUGGCUGUGCUCAACGCGCAGGAGCGUAACGAGGACGAGUACCGCGAGCUCUUUCGGGCCGCGGACGAGCGGUUCGUGUUCAAGGGCGUCAUGAGGCCGAGGGGUUGCAGGAUGAGCAUCAUUGAAGCGGUGUGGGAUCCCGAGUCGGAGAGCGAGGGCGAGGGCGAGGGUGGUAGGAUUGAGGCGGACGCCCAGACGGACGCGGGGUCUGCUGAUUCUGCUGUCGUUGUGGAGGUGAAGUAGCGGUUGCGUUUGCGAUGAGAUGCGAUGCAGUGUCUCCCUUACCCCGGAUCCGCGGGCCUCCUGUGUGCGAUACCCAGUUAGUUUGUUAGAUUGUUUCUUUAGAUCUUCUGUUCUGUGACAGAGAUCCCCGAGAUGGAAUCCCCGAUGUGAUCGAUCUCGGGUAUCUAAUCAUAAUGCCUGCACAAACACAAACAAAAAGCAAUAUGCGAGAUCUUUGUCUUCGCAGAAGUGUUUGUGUUGUAUUGUGUUGUUUGUCAGAUCGGACCCCACAUCGUAGAUCUGAUUUGGUUGGCAUGCCCCGCCACGUCUACCUACAUGAGUUGUCUUUUGUGC